GAUGUUAUACCUAAUUAUCUGGAUCCAAGAACUGGUCAUAUUUUAUUUUGGAUUUAUAUCGUAAUUACUAUAAUGCAGAUUAUUUUUGCAUUAGUCAACAAACCUCAAAUUUAUGAUUUUAUUGAUAAUGCCAAUAUAAAUCUUACUCAUUCUUUUGCUAUGUUCGACUACUAUAAUUUCUAUGAUUACUAUUAUAAUGAUUUUAGUCAUUAUCAAUACCCCACUACAAAUGGCUCUUUGAUUUUUCGUCAAAAUUAUUAUUACACAAAUGGUACUUGUUAUACUAAUUAUACUUAUUAUAAUUAUACAUAUAUUACUUAUAAUUAUAACACUAAUGAUUAUGGUGCUCACCGGGCUAUUUAUAACAAUAGUAAUAUUAAUUAUAGUAAUUGUAGUGGUAAUAAUUAUAAUGACCCUUUGGAAACAAAUUAUUCAAUUGAAACUGCUGAAGAGAUUAAUUCUUUUUUAAAUACUUUUGAAAAAAAUAUUGUUGAAGUUUCAUUGCCUUGUGAAACUAUUAUUAAUACCGCAUAUUAUGCGGCCUGGAAUGGAAUCAUUCAAAGCAGUAAAAAUGAAUUAAAAUGUACAAUUCAGGAUUAUUCUUUGAAAGAAUUUACACCAUGGAUUAUGAUAACGUGGUAG